CUGAGGCACGACGAGUGCAAGUACUGGCACUACCCGACACAACUGCCCACCGCCACAGUCGUGAUUGUCUUCCACAACGAGGGGUUCACCACUUUGUUGAGAACCGUUCACUCAGUGCUGUUGCGGUCGCCCAAAAGGUUCCUCCGGGAGGUACUGCUUGUCGACGACUUUAGUGAUAAGGAACCGCUUAAAGGACAACUCGACGACUAUAUUAUGGAGCACUUCGGGGCGUUCGACCAGAACUGGUCCGCGAAUAAGAUAAACGCCAAUGACUUGAGCGGUGAGACACUGAGUGAUAGGUCCGGGAAAGUGAGACUCGUUCGCAACAGCGAGAGGUCGGGACUGAUCCGGAGUCGUGCCAAAGGCGCUGAGGAGGCGCUCGGAGAAGUGAUUGUCUUUCUGGACGCCCACUGCGAAGUGAACUCCAAUUGGUUGGUCCCACUGUUGGCGCCCAUCGCUCACGACAGCAAAACCAUGACCUGUCCUAUCAUUGAUGGCAUCGAUUCCAAUCACUUCGAGUACAGACCCGUGUAUUCGCGAAACGAUCAA